CAAGUGAGUUAAAUGUCAUGUAUAAGGAAAAUACAACUCUCAAUGUGUUUCUUCGUUUGUUUUGAGUUACCCAGGGUGUUGUGGACAUACUUUUCUUUGCAGUACCCAUUGUUAGGAUCAUUCACAUCUCUCAAGGAUUAUCGUGUAUGUUGGAACAGCAGAAGAGUGCUAAGUCUUUCACAGUGUAGAUGGUACUAACACAAUGUGUUUUAGUGCUACAGGGAGUAGACAUCACUUUGUAACAUAAUCUGUUUUAGUGCUACUGGGAGUAGAUAUCACUUUGUAACAAAAUCUGUUUUAGUGCUACUGGGAGUAGAUAUCACUUUGCAGCAUAAUCUCUUUUAGUGCUGCAGGAAGUAGAUAUCAAUUUGUAACAUAAUCUGUUUUAGUGCUACAGUGAGUAGAUAUCACUUUGUAACAUAAUCUGUUUUAGUGCUACAGGGAGUAGAUAUCACUUUGUAACAUAAUCUGUUUUAGUGCUAAAGGGAGUAGAUAUCGAUUUGUAGCAUAAUCUGUUUUAGUGCUACGGGGAGUAGAUAUCACUUUGUAACAUAAUCUGUUUUAGUGCUACAGGGAGUAGAUAUCACUUUGUAACAUAAUCUGUUUUAGUGCUACAGGGAGUAGAUGCACUUUGUAACAUAAUCUGUUUUAGUUCUACAGGGAGUAGAUAUCAAUUUGUAACAUAAUCUGUUUUAGUGCUACAGGGAGUAGAUGCACUUUGUAACAUAAUCUGUUUUAGUGCUACAGGGAUUAGAUAUCACUUUGUAACAUAAUCUGUUUUAGUUCUACAGGGAGUAGAUAUCACUUUGUAACAUAAUCUGUUUUAGUGCUAAAGGGAGUAGAUAUCAAUUUGUAGCAUAAUCUGUUUUAGUGCUACAGGGAGUAGAUAUCACUUUGUAACAUAAUCUGUUUUAGUGCUACAGGGAGUAGAUAUCACUUUGUAACAUAAUCUGUUUUAGUGCUAUGGGGAGUAGAUAUCACUUUGUAACAUAAUCUGUUUUAGUGCUACAGGGAGUAGAUAUCACUUUGUAACAUAAUCUGUUUUAGUGCUACAAGGAGUAGAUAUCACUUUGUAACAUAAUCUGUUUUAGUUCUACAGGGAGUAGAUAUCACUUUGCAACAUAAUCUGUUUUAGUUCUACAGGGAGUAGAUGCACUUUGUAACAUAAUCUGUUUUAGUGCUACAGGGAGUAGAUAUCACUUUGUAACAUAAUCUGUUUUAGUUCUACAGGGAGUAGAUAUCACUUUGUAACAUAAUCUGUUUUAGUGCUACAGGGAGUAGAUAUCACUUUGUAACAUAAUCUGUUUUAGUGCUACAGGGAGUAGAUAGCACUUUGUAACAUAAUCUGUUUUAGAGCUACUGGGAGUAGAUAUCACUUUGUAACAUAAUCUGUUUUAGUGCUACAGUGAGUAGAUAUCACUUUGUAACAUAAUCUGUUUUAGUGCUACAGGAAGUAGACAUCACUUUGUAACAUAAUCUGUUUUAAAUCCCACGUGAAUUAUGUAAACCACAAUGACGCAGGGAUACUCUCGAUAGAGGCUUAUCUGUGAGGGUCCGCAUGAUACCCAGGAUAGAGGCUUAUCUGUGAGGGUCCGCAUGAUACCCAGGAUAGAGGCUUAUCUGUGAGGAUCCGCAUGAUACCCAGGAUAGAGGCUUAUCUGUGAGGGUCCGCAUGAUACCCAGGAUAGAGGCUUAUCUGUGAGGGUCCGCAUGAUACCCAGGAUAGAGGCUUAUCUGUGAGGGUCCACAUGAUACCCAGGAUAGAGGCUUAUCUGUGAGGGUCCGCAUGAUACCCAGGAUAGAGGCUUAUCUGUGAGGGUCCGCAUGAUACCCAAGACAGAGGCUUAUCUGCUAGGGUUCCUCAAAUGGUUACAUAUGGGGAUCUAUGUCAUAAUAAAUUUUAAUUGUUACCGGAGAUUUGAAAUACAUUUUUUUUGGAAGGAAUAUAGCUUUUCGUAAGUUAGUUCAAAUUGAAAUUUGUUAGAACUGGGAAAACAACAGCAAAAAUAAAUUUUAUUUAAAAAGUUUACAUUUUCCCCACUGUGGCAGUUCCGUCCAUAGAAAUUGUUUUGGUACAUAUUUCCCAAUACAUAAUUUUAAACCAUUAGUUCUUGUUACCACGCAUGGGCCCACGUCGGUGUAUUUGUUAGAAUCUUAAGGAAAAAAUAUGGAAACGCUUCUGUGUUUUAAGUGUGUGUUUAAAGUGUGUUUUAAGUGUAUCUUUCUAGUCUUUUUAAGGGUAUGUUUUAAAUGUGUUUUAGGGUAUGUUUUCAAUGUGUUUUAAGGGUAUUUUUAAAAUGUGUUUUUAAGGGUAUGUUUUAAAUGUGUUUUUAAGGGUAUGUUUUAAAUUUGUUUUAAGGGUAUUUUUAAAAUGUGUUUUUAAGGGUAUGUUUUAAAUGUGUUUUUAAGGGUAUGUUUUAAAUGUGUUUUUAAGGGUAUGUUUUAAAUGUGUUUUUAAGGUUAUGUUUUAAAUGUGUUUUAAGGUUAUGUUUUAAAUGUGUUUUAAGGGUAUGUUUUAAAUGUGUUUUAGGGUAUGUUUUAAAUGUGUUUUAAGGGUAUGUUUUAAAUGUGUUUUAAGGGUAUGUUUUAAAUGUCUUUUAAGAGUAUGUUUUAAAUGUGUUUUAAGGGUAUUUUUAAAAUGUGUUUUUAGGUUAUGUUUUAAACGUGUUUUUAAGGGUAUGUUUUAAAUGUGUUUUAAGGGUAUGUUUUAAAUGUGUUUUAAGGGUAUGUUUUAAAUGUGUUUUAAGGGUAUGUUUUGAAUGUGUUUUUAAGGGUAUGUUUUAAACGUGUUGUUAAGGGUAUGUUUUAAAUGUGUUUUAAGGGUAUGUUUUAAAUGUGUUUUAAGGGUAUGUUUUAAACGUGUUGUUAAGGGUAUGUUUUAAAUGUGUUUUAAGGGUAUGUUUUAAAUGUGUUUUUAAGGGUAUGUUUUAAACGUGUUGUUAAGGGUAUGUUUUAAAUUAGUUUUAAGGGUAUGUUUUAAAUGUGUUUUAAGGGUAUUUUUAAAAUGUGUUUUUAGGUUGUUUUAAACGUGUUUUUAAGGUUAUGUUUUAAAUGUGUUUUUAAGGUUAUGUUUUAAAUGUGUUUUAAGGGUAUGUUUUAAAUGUGUUUUAAGGGUAUGUUUUGAAUGUGUUUUUAAGGGUAUGUUUUAAACGUGUUGUUAAGGGUAUUUUUUAAAUGUGUUUUAAGGGUAUGUUUUAAAUGUGUUUUAAGGGUAUGUUUUAAAUUAGUUUUAAGGGUAUGUUUUAAAUGUGUUUUAAGGGUAUGUUUUAAAUGUGUUUUAAGGGUAUGUUUUAAAUGUGUUUUAAGGGUAUGUUUUAAAUGUGUUUUAAGGGUAUGUUUUAAAUGUGUUUUAAGGGUAUGUUUUAAAUGUGUUUUUAAGAUAUGUUUUAUAUGUGUUUUUAAGGGUAUGUUUUAAAUGUGUUUUUUAGCUUAUGUUUUAAUUGUGUUUUUAAGGGUAUGUUUUAAAUGUGUUUUUUAGCUUAUGUUUUAAAUGUGUUUUUAAGGGUAUGUUUUAAAUGUGUUUUGAGAGUAUGUUUAAAGUUUGUGCAUUAAGGGUAUGUUUUUUUGAAUUUGAGUAAAACACAUUUUUUGUUAAUAAAACAGACGGAGUUACCAACUUUUAGUUACCUUUGUAGGUUACCCACUCUUUGUUUACCUUGAAUGUUAGUUUGUAAUUGUUCAUCAAUGUGUAUUUCUCUUCUUGAUCAAAUCUGCACUAUAUAAAUUUAAAAACAAAAUUGUAUAUUGUCCUUAAAUCAAUCGCAUGUUAACUUCCGCAUUCAAAUACAGGUUGCCUGGUUGUUAAAUCCAAUAAAAUUUACAAUAUGGCGUCUUAUGUGUAUAUGAUUUAUGAAAUUAUCCACUCAAUCAUAUUUAAAGCGCUGAAAAUAUACAUUGUAUCUGUUUUGUGAUUCACUCGAAAUGGUGACACCAAAUAGUCCCAGCGAAUAUUGACAUGAAAUAGUGACAGCCAAUAUUGACAUCAAAUAAUGACAGCCAAUAUUGACAUCAAACAGUGUCAGCCAAUAUUGACAUCAAAUAGUGUCAGCCAAUAUUGACAUCAAACAGUGUCAGCCAAUAUUGACAUCAAAUAGUGACCUCCAAUAUUUAAAUCAAUUAGUGACAGCUUAUAUUGACACCAAAUUAGUGAAAGCAGAUAUUGACAUCAAAUAGUGACAGCCAAUAUGGACAUCAAAUAGUGUCAGCCAAUAUUGACACCAAAUUAGUGAAAGCAGAUAUUGACAUCAAAUAGUGACAGCCAAUAUGGACAUCAAAUAGUGUCAGCCAAUAUUGACAUCAAAUAGUGACAGCCAAUAUUGACAUCAAAUAGUGACAGCCAAUAUUGCCAUCAAACAGUGUCAGCCAAUAUUGACAUCAAAUAGUGACAGCCAAUAUUGACAUCAAAUAGUGACAGCCAAUAUUGCCAUCAAACAGCGUCAGCCAAUAUUGACAUCAAAUAGUCACAGCGAAUAUUGACAUCAAACAGUGUCAGCCAAUAUUGACAUCAAAUAGUGACAGCCAAUAUUGACAUCAAAUAGUGACAGCCAAUAUUGACAUCAAAUAGUGACAGCCAAUAUUGCCAUCAAACAGUGUCAGCCAAUAUUGACAUCAAAUAGUCACAGCGAAUAUUGACAUCAAACUGUGACAGCCAAUAUUGACAUCAAAUAGUGACAGUCAAUAUUGACACCAAAUAGUGACAGCCAAUAUUGACAUCAAAUAGUGACAGUCAAUAUUGACACCUAAUAGUGACAGCGAAUAUUGACACCAAAUAUUGACAGCCAAUAUUGCCAUCAAACAGUGACAGCCAAUAUUGACAUCAAAUAGUGACAGCCAAUAUUGCCAUCAAACAGUGUCAGCCAAUACUGACAUCAAAUAGUCACAGCGAAUAUUGACAUCAAACUGUGACAGCCAAUAUUGACAUCAAAUAGGGACAGUCAAUAUUGACACCAAAUAGUGACAGCCAAUAUUGACCAAAUAGCGAUAGCCAAUAUUGACACCUAAUAGUGACAGCGAAUAUUGACACCAAAUAUUGACAGCCAAUAUUGACAUCAAAUAGUGACAGCCACUACUGAUACCAAAUGUUCACUCUUGCUGGUAACACCAGUUAGCGAAAUCAAAUAAUGACAAAGAAUAGCGUUACAAAAUGUUCAAGCGAAAUAUCUGCACCGAUAGCGCCACCGAAUAGUGGCACCGAAUAGUGGCACCGAAUGACACGGAAUAGGUGACACCGAAUAGUGACACCGAAUAAUGACGCCGAAUAGUGAUACCAAAAAUUUACGCCUAAUAGUGACGCCGAAUAAGUGACGCCGAAUAAGUUACACAGAAUAGUCGGGAUGGACAUGGCUAGUACCUAGCCGAAACCCUAGGUUGUCAUGAGUGGCAGAUUUGGGGUCAUGGGCUGAGUGGUGGGGUUGGAGUUCUGGUUCUGGUAGGGCACGUUGCUGAAUCCAUGUACUAACAUAUGUGCAAUGAUUGGGAUGCCUAACGGCUCCUAGCGGGUGCCAGGGCAGCCUUGAAGCUCUCGAUUGAUGUCGAGUCCACGGCGGCAUUGUCCAGGUGGUUCCAAGCAAUCACUGUUCAUGGGAAGAAAGAUUGUUUAUAUUGGACUGUGUUACACCGAGGCACAGUGAAGCAUUUACUAUUGUUCCGGAUGUAACUGCUCAUGGAGUUGUCAGAGGUGAAGUCAGUGUUUAUUGAGCAUUUGGCUCUGAUUAAGUGACCUGCCUUCUGUGGAGUGAGAUACGUGUUUUCUGGCAUGGCCGGCAUUAGCCUCAUGACCACUUUAUAUAAGAAUGUUUCUCGGAGCUUUUCGCAUCUGUCUUUGGGGGAGGGGAUGUCAAAUUAUUUCAAGAGGCCAGUGACGAAGCCAGGAGUGGUGGAUUUGUAGUCACGUGCGUUACGUUGGAUUCGCUCCAUCUUGUCCACGUCUUACUUUCGGUAGGGAUCCCAGAUGAUCGCACCAUAUUCUAGUAGUAGACGGACGAGUGCAAAAUAUGCAUUUCGUUUGCUGGAGGUUGGGCAGUGAAGCAGAUUUCUUUGAAUCAAACCUAGUGUGGAGUUGGCUUUUUGGAAAUUUUUUUUAUAUGGGGUGAACGUUUUAGGUUAUUGGAGAAGAGAAUUCCAAGGUAUGGGUUAUUGGAUACUUGUUGGAGAAUUGUCUCGUUUAGUGAGUACAUAUAGGUUGAUGGUUUUUUCCUAGAGAUGCUUAUUGUGUAGCAAUUGGUUUCGUUAAAUUUCAUGCCCCAUUUGUCCGCCCAAUUCAUAAGGCACUUAAAAUCUGCUUGGAGGUGGUUGUGGACAUCGUAGCCAUUUAUCUCUCUUUAGACAAGACAGUCGUCUGCAAACAGCCUCACUUGAGAUUUUACAGCACCAGGGAGGUCGUUUAUGUGACAGAGAAAGAGAAGAGGGCCGAGCAUUGUGCCUUGAGGAACUCCUGAGUCUACCGUGGCUUUGCCUGAUCAGACGCCAUCUACCACUACUUGCAUGAUCCGUUGUGUUAGGAAUGUUGAGAGCCAGAAGUGAAGGUCGCCGGUAAUGCCGUAGUGGUGGAGCUUGUGUAGAAGAAGGCUGUGUGGAAACAGUAUCGAAAGCCUUGGAGAAGUCGAGAAUUGACAUGUCGACCUGGUUACUGUUGUCAUAGCAGGCAGGAGGUCAUUGGUGGUGAUGAUUAAUUGAGUUUCUGUUGAGAAUCAAGAGCGGAAACCAUGGUUUAGGUUUGUCAAAAUAUUGUAGUGUUCAUUGUGAUACACGAUGUGGCGACAGAUGAUGUGUUCUAGAAUUUUGCAUGGAACGGAGAAAUCGAUAAUUAAAGUAAACUACUCUAUAGAGAGACCACGCCUUGAAUACCACUGAAGUGAUUGCUCUGCCCCAACGAAUAUCCUCAUCACUACUUGCCUGUUUUAUACUGUUCCGCCCCUUUUCAUUUAUAAUAAACAUAUCUUAAAAAAACAUCAAAACUUGAUGAUACUAGUACAUAUUGCCUUUUAUGUAUUUAUACGGAUACGAUUUUGGCCGUAAAUCUGUCCUCUGUUCGUGUUUGUCUUCUCAUAGCCCCUUCCGUUGACGCUAUGACCACCAUCCGGUCGUCGGUCCGACCAGCUGGCAGCAAACAGCCAUGGGGGACCAUCCUGAAGCCCGAGUUUGGCCUGGGCUACCAGAAGAUGACCGAGUAUGAGAUCGAGCAGACGAUUAGCAGGCUAAGUACGUUACCGCCACCAAAGCAAGCGGUGGACGAGAGGCGGGAGAAGAAGAUGUCACAGGCUGAGAUUCAAACCAUGGUGGGUAUAGCCCGGGUUCUCGGGUGGGGGGGGGGUGGGGGGUCGGUUGGCCACUUACUAUAUCACAUACAUAUAGAUGAUUUGAUUACGAUAGGGCUACUGUCAGGGCAAGUGUCAGUGUUAGUGUCAGUAUUAGUGUUAGGGUUAGUGUUAGGAUUAGUGUCAGUAUUAGUGUUAGGGUUAGUGUCAGUAUUAGUGUUAGGGUUAGUGUCAGUAUUAGUGUUAGUGUCAGUAUUAGUGUUAGGGUUAGUGUUAGCAUUGGUGUUAGGGUUGGUGUUAGUAUUAGUGUUAGGGCUAGUGUCAGAAUUAGUGUUAGUGUUAGUGUUAGUAUUAGUGUUAGGAUUGGUGUUAGUAUUAGUGUUAGGGUUAGUGUCAGAAUUAGUGUUAGGGUUAGUGUUAGGGUUAGUGUUAAGGUUAGUGUCAGUAUUAGUGUUAGGGUUAGUGUCAGUAUUAGGAUUAGGGUUAGUGUCAGUAUUAGUGUUAGGGUUAGUGUUAGUAUUAGUGUUAUGGUUAGUGUUAGUAUUAGUGUUAGUCUCAGAAUUAGUGUAUUAGUGUUGGGGUUAGUGUCAGUAUUAGUGUUAGGGUUAGUGUCAGUAUUAGUGUUAGGGUUAGUGUCAGUAUUAGUGUUAGGGUUAGAGUCAGUAUUAGUGUUAGGGUUAGUGUUAGUAUUAGUGUUAGGGUUAGUGUUAGUAUUAGUGUUAGAGUUAGUGACAGUAUUAGUGUUAGGGUUAGUGUUAGGGUUAGUGUCAGUAUUAGUGUUAGGGUUAGUGUCAGUAUUAGUGUUAGGGUUAGUGUCAGUAUUAGUGUUAGGGUUAGUGUCAGUAUUAGUCUUAGGGUUAGUGUCAGUAUUAGUGUUAGGUUAGUGUUAGUAUUAGUGUUAGGAUUGGUGUUAGUAUUAGUGUUAGGGUUAGUGUCAGAAUUAGUGUUAGGGUUAGUGUUAGUAUUAGUGUUAGGGUUAGUGUCAGUAUUAGUGUUAGGGUUAGUGUCAGUAUUAGUGUUAGGGUUAGUGUCAGUAUUAGUGUUAGGGUUAGUGUUAGUAUUAGUGUUAGGGUUAGUGUUAGUGUUAGUAUUAGUGUUAGUGUUAAUAUUAGUGUUAGGGUUAGUGUCAGAAUUAGUGUUAGUAUUAGUAUUGGGGUUAGUGUUAGUAUUAGUGUUAAGGUUAGUGUUAGUAUUAGUGUUAAGGUUAGUGUUAGUAUUAGUGUUAGGAUUAGUGUUAGUAUUAGUGUUAGUGUUGUUCUUCUUUAUUUUGAGGGCCCACGAUCAAUGAAUUGAUCAUUCUGGCUCCUAUGUUUCAGAGGGGUUUGCGAUGUUACUGUGCAUGGGUUUCAAUGGGAUGCUUCACUGGUUGCAAGGGCGACUCAGCCGUGGUGUUACGAAUUGGGGGUUGAAAUACAGGAGGCAAUAGACACAAAUGUAUCGAGUGUAGCCGCCUCAUCUGUUGCUUUUGGAAGUUUGUUCCAGUCCCCUAUUGUCUUCGGCAGGAAUGAGGAGCUCCUGUACUUUGUUCUUGUUUUUACCAGCCGGAACUGUCUGUCGUGGCUUCGUCGCAGUCUAGGGGGAAGAUGAACAAGUUUCUGUUUGAUUCCGGAGCAGUAGACCAGCCCAUUUUUUUAUUUUGUACAACAUGGUGAGCCUGGAUAGUCGUCGUCGUUCUUCCAAUGUAGACCAGCCCAGUGUUUCCAGCAUGCUGCCAACACUCGAGGUGCUUCUGUAACGGUUCAUGACAAAGCGUGCUGCUCGUCGCUGGACAGCCUCCAACCUGUCGAUGCUUUUCUGGGUAAAUGGGUCCCAGACUGUAGAAGCGUACUCUAAAAUAGGCCGGACAAAGGCUUUAUAAGCUUUUUCUUUCACGCUUGAGUUUCUGAUCUUAUCUUCAGAUUGCGCCUUAGGAACCCCAGGGUCUUGUUUGCCUGGUUGCACAUACUGUUAAUGUGCUCGUCCCAGCGGAACUCUCUUUGAAUGGUAACACUCAAGUACUUUACGGAGGAAACUUGCUCAAGAAUAUGACCAUGCAGUUCGUAAGAGUGGUUUAGAGGGAAUCUGCUUCUGGAGACUGACAGGGUCUGGCAUUUGACGGGAUGAAAUUCCAUGUCCCAGCUCAUCUCCCACUCAGCUAACCGAUUGAGGUCUUGUUGAAGCUGGCUCUGGUCAGAGCUGUUGACGAUUGUUCUAUAUACCGCCGUGUCGUCUGCGAACAGUCUUGCUUGAGAGGUCAGCUUCUCGGGCAGAUCAUUGAUAUAUGCUAGGAACAAACAAGGGCCUAGCACUGAGCCCUGGGGGACCCCUGACUUAACACCGACAAAGGAGGAGGUUUUGCCAUCUACCACUACUGCCUGACAUCGGUCGCUGAGGAAGCUAGAGAUCCAUGUUUUGGUGGUGCCUUGGAUCCCAUAUCUAUGCAGUUUGUGUAAUAGCAAGCUAUGGUUGACAAGGUCAAACGCUUUUGAAAAGUCCAGCACAAGCACAUCAGUCUGUUUGCUGUUCUCCAAGUUGGCCGUCAAUUCUUCAGCACAUUCAAGGAGUUGGGUCUCGCAUGAUCUGUUGACUCGAAAGCCAUGCUGACAGUCAUUGAGUAUAUUUUGUCUUUCCAGGUGAUUCAUGACCGCGCUUACGACUAUGUGCUCCAAUAGUGUUAAUAUUAGUGUUAGGGUUAGUGUCAGAAUUAGUGUUAGUAUUAGUGUUGGGGUUAGUGUCAGUAUUAGUGUUAGGGUUAUUGUCAGUAUUAGUGUUAGUGUUAGUUUCAUGGCUAGUGUUAGGGUUAGUGUCCGGGCUACUGUUAGGAUUAGAGUUAGUGUCAGUGUUAGUGUUAGGGUUAGUGUUAGUGCUAGUGCUAUUUGCGUAAAUAAGACAAGUUAUGUUUUAUUUCAUGUACGAAUUGAAUGUUUUUAAACACCAAAACCAACUGAUAAAUGCCCCGUAAACAAAACAAAAAAAAAAAAAAAAUGACCCCUUAGCAGAGGCAGGAUCCUUACAAGUUAUGUUUUAUUUCAUGUACGAAUUAAAUGUUUUUAAAAACCAAAACCAACUGAUAAAUGCCCCGUAAACAAAAAAAAAAAAAAAAAAAAAAUGACCCCUUAGCAGAGGCAGGCUCCUGAGAUUCAGUGGCGUAGCGAGGGUGCUGGCGCCCGGGGACAAGAUUCGCGCCCGGGGACAAGAUCCAUUUUAAAGCGCCCUCUUUUCUUUUUUUCAACUCUCAAACCCAAUAAUUUUUACCAAUAAUAUAAUAUCAAAUAACAUUUUGGCGCCCCUAACUAGCUUGCGCCCGGGGACAUCUGUCCCCCCCUGCCCCCCCCCAUCGCUACGCCUCUGCUGAGAUCAGAACUGUUUGUAUUGAUUAGCGAAUGCGCCACUAAGGCAGUUGUGUAAAUCACUUUGGCAGAGUUUAAGGAAAGUAAGCCGUUCGAUAUCGACCCCUGGAAUCAGCUCGGGUGAGGGGGGAAGGAAGAGGGGUAGAGGUUGAGGGUGGGUGGAAAUCACUUACGAACUUGGCGUUAGCAGUGUUGGAAUCAGAAAGAUUAAACUAAUUUAUGGUUGUGUGUGUGUGAGUGAGCGUGUGUGUGUGUGUGUGAGUGUGUGAGUGUGUGUGUGUGUGUGUGUGUGAGAAUGAGUGAUGGUUUGGAGGAAGAGAUUCUGACAUUAUACUAGUGUAGUUGAAUUACUUAUUUGAUUUGUACUAUUAAAACAACCUGCUCAAGAUAUAUGAGCCCAAAAAUCUUCAAGAAAGAAUGAAUUCCUUGGCAAAUUUUAUCUAUUGAAAACAAUAUUGCAAAGAAAAUAAAUAUAGAAAGUGCAAUAAAAGGAUUUGCUGAUCUAAAGGCUAGGGGGAAAAAUGUCAUCGAUAGGCUAAUUGUUCAUACUGUCCACAGUAGGCUAAUUGUUCAUACUGUCCACGGUAGGCUAAUUGUUCAUACUGUCCACGGUAGGCUAGUUGUUCAUACUGUCCACGGUAGACUAAUUGUUCAUACUGCCCAAACACAGGUUAAGUAACAUAAUAUUGCCUCAAGCCUUCAAACCCCUAGUGCAUGAUUCCCUCACAAAGUGACACUGGAAAUCAGUGAAAUUUCCUCAUCAACACAAGUAAUAGAAACAUUGCACAUCCCAUCUACAUGCAUAGGAGCCAAAAUGAUCAAUAAAUUGAUCGUGGGCCCUUAAGAUACAGAAGAAGAAGAUACUAUUAUUGUUCAUUGUUUGUUUUAAAACAAAAACAGCCUAUGAAAUAAACUCAUUACCUAACCCUUAGUUUCUUCCUUGCAAACAUUGCUAUGAUUAUACUUAAAAGGGGCGCCAAAUAUAAGCUUUCCCGGGGCGGCAGCAAGCGUAGAGCUGGCCCUGAUGACAUUCAUGGCUAGAUACAUUUAUGACACGCAAAUGUUCGGAUAAUCUACCAUGCCAUGACUGGCUUAUGGUUUUAGUAACUAUCAUUUAGAACAAUUUCAAGAUCAUCAUCUUCAUGCUCCACUCCUGUACUUUGCUCUAUCUCCUCCGACGUGUCCAGAUGGACCGGCUGACCAAGGCUGACAAGACCAAGAUCCCGGAAAGCGACAGACGAGUCGUGGCUUCAGCCUACGGUAACAUGGGCGUUGUCUGUUCCUACGCCUGGAGGGGCUACAACUGACUCGUUGACCGGCGUACAGUGGCAGAGACAGCAUCUGCGUCAUAGGUCGUCAUGGUGCGACUAUACAAGCGUCACGUCAUUCAUAAUACACAUAUGUUUUUUUGUUGUUGUUGUAAAGUACGCUGUAGGAGAGUUGAUGUAUCUCUUUGUGGUAUCCACACUCUCGUUUGAUUUUAACGUAACACGUGUAUAGACUCUGCUCAGAAAAUCUGUCUCUUCUUAGUUAUACAGUCAUUACAGACUGAUUACUCAAUUAGACACGACCACCGGGGCUGUAAGAUGAGGAAGGGGUGGGGGGUGGUUCCAACGUCAAGGGGCGCCAAAAUCGUCAAAGAGCCACAUAUGUAUAUAGAGUUUGGGCGGCAUUUUCAGGCUUCGUCCUUUUGUACCAGGCACAGUCUUUCCUUAGUCCCAGGCACAGUGUUUCCUUCACCCCAGGCCCAGCCUCCUUCACACGGCCUUGACAACCACAUGAAAAUCUAUUCAAAACAGUAAACAACGUUACAUGUAAAAUGAAGACAUAAAUUUGGGGUUGGAAAAAAGAAAGGGGGGGGGGGGGUGAAAACAAAAAAAAACAAAAAACUUUUAAAAUUAAAUUUUUUAUUCAAAACAGUAAACAACGUUACAUGUAAAAUGAAGACAUAAAUUUGGGGUUGGAAAAAAGAAAGGGGGGGGGGGUGUAAACGAAACAUAACUAAAAACUUUUCAAAUUACAUUUUUUUCUUUAACAUAUGAAGAGCUAAAUAAACAAAACUCUGAAGCGGCACAAACACCAUUUACGUGUGUAAAGAUAAGAUAUUUAAUGAACUGGACAAAAAACAAGCCGGCACCAUAUUUUUUUAAAUGAGAUUUUAUUUUUUUUAAUUUAGUGUAUCGUACAUAUUCCUACCCCCAAAUACAGUGGAAUAUUUUUUACAAAGAAAAGUAAACUUAAAAAUUUGCUUUAAUAACCACACGAACGUGAUAGUGAGUUCAAUACAGACAACUUCAACUUGACAAACAUCACAGUGACGUGUCAUUCUAAAUUAUUGUGUAAAUAAACGAUAAAUUUAGCAAACAA